AUGCCAGCAGACCUUCUGGGCUCAUCCUCUCCAGCUCACUUUGCCUCCAUGCGGCGAGGUUGUUUCGGUUCUGUGGGUCUGAGGCAAGUGAGUAAUCUUCUGCCCCAUGUCGCUGGGAUCUCAUUCGAGUAUACAGUCUCAUUGUUGCCACACAAUCUUCAAAUGGGUCCUGGAUCCCGGUUUGAAUAUCAUACCUACAAAUGGACAUGUUAG